AUUUGAUCGUUUGGAAUCGUGCCAUGCCCGUGGGUCAUACGCUCGAAACGAGCGUUACACUGAAUGUCAACUAUUAUCCACGCGUUGAGGUUGGUCCACAGAACCCGCUGCGCAUUGAGCGCGAUCAUGUGGCAAAGCUGGACUGCCGAGUGGACGCCAAGCCGAAGGUUUCGAAUGUGCGUUGGUCACGCAACGGGCAAUACGUGAGUGCAACCACCAGUCACACGAUCUAUCGCGUUGGGCGCCAUCAUGCAGGCAAGUACACCUGCAGUGCGGACAAUGGACUGGGCAAGACGGGCGAGAAGGAUAUAAUGCUGGAUGUGCUAUAUGCGCCAAUAGUGACCAUCGAAUCGAAAACGCAUGAGGCGGAGGAGGGCGAAACGGUGCUGGUCAAAUGCAAUGUAACUGCCAAUCCGGCGCCUAUGGCUAUUGAGUGGCUCAAGGAGGGCGCUACAGACUUUCGCUAUGCUGGCGAGCAGCUCACCCUGGUCUCGGUGCGUGCUGAACAUGCCGGCAAUUAUAUUUGCCGCUCUGUCAAUUUAAUGCAGCCCUACAAUUCAAAGCGCAUUGAAGGCGUUGGCAACUCUACGGUGGCUUUGCUAGUGCGUCAUCGUCCUGGCCAGGCUUAUAUAACACCCAACAAGCCGGUGGUGCAUGUGGGCAAUGGCGUCACGCUCAGCUGCUCUGCGAAUCCGCCAGGCUGGCCUGUGCCACAAUAUCGCUGGUUUCGCGAUCUCGACGGCGAUCAGGGCAACACCCAAAAGAUUUUAGCGCAGGGUCCGCAAUAUUCCAUACCCAAGGCGCAUCUGGGCAGCGAGGGCAAGUAUCAUUGUCAUGCUGUCAAUGAGCUGGGCAUAGGCAAAAUGGCUACCAUUGCUCUGGAGGUGCAUCAGCCGCCGCAGUUCUUGGCCAAGCUGCAGCAGCACAUGACGCGACGUGUUGGCGAUGUUGACUAUGCAGUCACUUGCAGUGCCAAGGCGAAGCCUGCGCCGCAAAUUCGUUGGAUCAAGGAUGGCACUGAAAUUUUAGCUGCACGCAAAUUCUAUGAGAUACGCACCACGCCCACUGAUGCGGGUGGCGGCGUCGUUACCAUGCAGAGCGUGCUACGCUUUCGCGGCAAGGCGCGUCCCAAUGGCAAUCAGCUGCUGCCAAGCGAUCGUGGUGUCUACAGUUGUCUCUAUGAGAAUGAUGUCAACUCUGCCAACUCUUCCAUGCAUUUGCGCAUCGAGCAUGAGCCCAUUGUUUUACAUCAGUACAACAAAGUCGCCUACGAUCUACGCGAAUCCGCUGAAGUCAUCUGCAAAGUGCAGGCUUAUCCCAAGCCUGAGUUUCAAUGGCAAUUCGGCAACAAUCCUUCACCACUGACCAUGUCCAGCGAUGGCCACUACGAGUUGAAUACGCGCAUGGAAAACAACGACAUCUACAUUUCCAUACUACGCAUUGCUCAUCUGCAGCUUUCAGACUAUGGCGACUACACUUGUCGCGCCGUCAAUCCUCUGGACACCAUACGCACUCAAAUUCGUCUGCAACCCAAAGGCGCACCCGAGAAACCCACAGCACUCAAAAUCCUAGAAGUGGGCCACAACUAUGCCGUGCUCAACUGGCAGCCAGGCUUCAAUGGCGGCAUCUCCACCACCAAAUAUCUUGUAAGCUAUCGUCGCGUCUCCACGCCACGUGAGCAGCUGCUCUCGGACUGUUCGGGUCAGUCCUUCACGCCCAGCUAUCAGCUCAGUGGUCCACAGCACGAGUGGAUUGAGUUCAACUGCUUUCGCGAGAAUCCCUGCAAGCUGGCGCCACUCGAUCAGCACCAGAGCUACAUGUUCAAGGUCUACGCAUUCAAUUCCAAAGGCAACUCGGGCCACUCCAAUGAAGUUCUGGCCACCACCAAGGUCAACAAGAUACCACCGCCGCUGCAUGUUAGCUACGAUCCCAAUUCCCACGUGCUCGGCAUCAAUGUGGCAGCCACUUGCCUCUCUCUAAUUGCUGUAGUGGAGUCUUUAGUCUCCAGAGAUACCACCGCACCCAUGUGGGAAAUUGUUGAGACGCUUACGCUGCUGCCUUCGGGGAAUGAAGUCACCUUCAAGGAGGCCAUCAUCAAUCAAAUGGCGCGCUCUGCUCAUUACACCACAGCCACUUCAUCCACUGGACGUUCGGCGAGUCCAAGCAGCGGUCAACUGGGCGAGGAUCGCACCAUGGCGCUGGCCGAAACAGCAGGUCCUGGUCCGGUGGUGCGUGUUAAGCUUUGCCUGUUGGCCAAUCACGAGCAUUGUGGAGCCUACGCAAAUGCUGAAAUUGGUAAAUCGUAUAUGGGACACAGCUCUGUGCUGAGCACAUCCGCCAUGGUGGCCAUCAUUAUAGCGGCCAUAUCGUUUGUGCUGUUUCUGGCGCUGCUUUACGCCUUCUGCCGCUGUCGACGCACGCACGCUGCCAAGAAGCAGGCGGCAGCAGCGACAGCUAGCACGUUGCCAAAUGCGAGUGGCGGCGCCAAGGAGUACGAUGUGGAUGCCACCACCGUGGUGGCGCCUAGCCCAAGCGAACGGAAUGUGGAGCAAACGCAGUCGACGCUGCCGCCACCACCGCCGCCGUAUUAUCCCACCGGCAGUCUGGACAGCAAACAGUUGGAUGGGGGCAUGGAGCUAACACUGACGGCGCUACACGAUCCCGACGAGCAGCUGAACAUGCAGCAAGGCGAGAUGCAGUAUCAGGCGAAGGCAGGACGCUAUGGACAGCAGCAACAGAAUGGCUAUGGCUAUCAUGUGACAAGUGCGUUGGGCGUCGAUAGUGACAGCUAUCAAGUGCUUCCAUCCUCAGCCGCCGCCGCCGUCGCCGCUGGACAUCAUGGCGAGUGGUCCAGCAACAGCCAGGAGAACAACUACAGCAAUGCGCGUGAUCUGUCACAGGAGGCGCUGUGGCGACUCCAGCUGGCCGCUGCUCAGUCGCAGCAGAUUUAUGUGGAGCAGCGUCCACCCUCGGCCUUCAGUGGACUGGUGGAUUACGCUGGCUAUCCGCAUAUAAACACUGUAACCAGUUCGCUUAGUCAGCAAAGCUUUGGCCAGCUGACACCACUGGCAGCAGCACAGCAGCAGCAGCCGCUGACGCCGCAUGAAAUGUUGCAGGCGGCCCAACGCUAUGGCACGCUGCGCAAGUCGAAGCAGCCACCGCUGCCGCCACAGCGACGAGAGCAACCAAAGCAGCAGCAACAACAACAGCAGCAGCUGGCGGACAUAAUACAGGAUUUAGCAAAUUAAACUAAUGGCCAGUUAAACGCAUGCAAAAAUAUGAAACAAACACGUUUUGGCAUUAACAUAAAAGUAAGUUGAG